UAUUUGGGAGAUUUGGAAAAAGGAAAGGAAGAGGAAUAAUGGGAACCAUGGCAGCUGUGAUUGCUUCUUGUGGUAGUUUAGGGAAGAAGUUGACACCCUGCAUAACGGCUGCUGUCUGCCUCCCAAAUCCCGGAAAUCGCUCGGUGCUCUGGAGAAGGGGUUGUUCACAAUACAAGCAGGUAACCGGCAAUGAGGACCUGCCUGUGCCAAUGGAAAAUCCUUAUAAGGAGCCUCUUAAGAAAUGUAUCUUGUGUGAGAAACGUGUAGAUUAUAAAAAUGUACAGCUUCUGUCCCAAUUUGUUUCUCCAUUUACUGGAUGCAUUUAUGGAAGGCAUAUAACAGGUCUUUGUGGGAAGAAGCAGAAAGAAAUUACAAAAGCGAUUAAGAGAGCUCAAAUAAUGGGGUUUAUGCCAGUUACAUACAAGGAUCCUGCAUAUCUCAAAGACCCUAAAGUUUGUAACAUCAAAUAUCGGGAAUAAAUGAUAUAAGGUUAUCACCAAUAAACUUGUUUUAUAAUAAAUUGACCUCUACUGAUUCAAACUAACCUUUGGGAGGAAAAGAGUUUCAAGAGUGAGAUUAGGAGUGAAGUUUCCCCUCCAUGACUGUUCACAGAACAGGUUGCUUAUUUAAAAUGUUAAUAUUCAUUAAAUUGUACGUACCUUGAAUAAAAGUGGUCCUGUAUUACAUCUGG